UUUUUCUUCGGGUGCUCACAUCAUCAUCAUUCUUUUCGAAAUUUCAUUCAGUUUUUCUUUUUUUUUUGAAUUGAAAUUGAAUUUUAUUGAAAAAAAUAAACAGAAUAUUGUGAUAAGUUCCAUAAUGGAACUAUAUAUGGUUUGCGUAAUGAUGGCUAUCGCAUUAGCAGUCGUCAUCAUAAAAGGUAUACAAUGUGUAUUAUCAUUGAUACAUCCAAUGCCAAGCGAAGCUGAUAUACGAUGGAGACAAAAUCCACGAUUACCACUUGAACAGCAUAAAAAACAGAUAAAAAUGGCACAUAAAAAUAAUAGUAAAUCAACAAUUAAUAAUGGUGCCAAAGAAAUGAAUAAAAUUAAAGAACCAAAAGAAAAACGAUUACCACGUAAUAUACGAUUAGAAAGGCUUUAUGCCGGUUCACCAGCAUCAUUCGAUGAAUUUAUUGAUACUAGUUUUAGUCGACGAUCAGAUUUUGAUUCAAGUUAUAAUCGAUCACCACCACCAAGAUCGGUUGAUGAUUAUGUUGUACGAUUAGAUCAUCACCAUCAUCAUCCACAAUCACAGAAUCAGACACUUUUAGAACAGCUAUCAUUUGCCGAAGAUGUUGAUGAUGAUGAUCCAAUUGAAUCAUAUGUAAUGCAACAGCAUCGAAAAAUAUUAGAAUCGAGCCAAAAUAGAGCUUCAACACCUAUACAACAACAACAACAUAGCUCAAGUACGACAAAAAGUCCACCAUAUUCAAAAAGUCAUGCAACAAUUGUUUGAUCAAACCAAAAACCAAAUCAAAAAACAAACGAUAAAUUCAUUCAUAUUCAUUUUUGCUCAUUAUCAUAAAAACAUUUUUGGAAAAAAAAAC